AUUUUGCUGACUGUUCGGCGAGAAGAGAUUCGAUUAAAGUAAGAGCUGAAUAAAAGUGAGAAGAAGACUAUAAAUUUACGGAGAAUGACUGAACAGUAAACAAAUAUGGAAGAAGAYAACAGUCAUGUCGAAAAGGAAGAGUUCAAACAUUUCGACCUSGAUUUGUCGAACCGUUUUCUGCAGUUCCUUCCCGAUGAAGAACAUUUGCUCAACAACUUCAAUCCAUCGAAAAUCACUCGAUUAUUUUUAGUAGGGAAUCACAUCUCAGUUAUUCCUGAUGCUAUAAAGUUGUUCAAUAACCUMGUCGAYYUAGAUGUGUCUUCAAAUGGCAUCGCAGCGAUAUCCUCGCACAUUACUGAGCUUUCUCAACUGAAAUCCUUUGUGGGCAAAAACAACAACCUGGAAGAUUUACCCAAGGAAUUUGGRCAGCUURUAAGGCUGGAAAACUUGAAUUUGAGUGGCAAUAGGUUGUCCACGUUUCUUCCACAGAUAUUUGAAUUGACGAAUUUGAAAGGAUUGCAUUUAGGGGGGAAUUUGAUUAGGAGAAUACCACCACAAAUUCAGAAUCUUCGACGGUUAGAGAUYCUWUACCUUGGAGGCAACAGACUUACUGAUAUACCACCAGAAAUGGGCUAUUUGCGCAAGCUAAGAGCUCUAACCUUAUGUAAUAAUCUUCUUGAAUCCAUUCCUUGUACUUUGAACAAGCUAUCAUCUUUGCAUUCAUUGAGUUUGCAUAACAAUAAACUCACUACACUCCCUGUUGAACUAGUAAGACUAAAGAACUUGGAAUCACUGAGCYUAAGGGACAACCCUUUAGUUGUAAGGUUUGUCAGAGACAUGGUUUUUGAUCCUCCCAGUCUAUUGGAGCUAACUGCAAGAURCAUUAAGAAUUCUAACAUGAAGUAUUCCACRGAAGACUUGCCACCAAUGCUAGUGAAGUAUCUGGACAGUGCAAGACGUUGUGUCAAUCCAAGAUGCAAAGGGGUGUAUUUUUACUCUAGUGUGCGCUGUGUUAAGUUUGUAGACUUCUGCGGGAAGUAUCGUGUCCCACUGGAGCAGUUCUUGUGUUCGCCCCAUGAGAACGACAGAUGGGAUGAAAUGGCAUUUUCUAGCAGUGGACUUAGCAGUAGUGAUGAAGAUGAUGAGUUUGUUUCUCAGCACAAGAUGAAGAAAGUCUUAUUGGGUUAACAUUGAUAAACRUAAAUAAAAAGAAGACUAUAUUUUUAUCUUUCUUUUGGGAAAUGAAUACUAUCUGUAAAUAUGGGAAUAAUUAGGAUAAUUGUCYAUUUUGAAUUAUAUGUUAUUAGGAAAUGAUUGUAAUAAUAGUAAUGUUAAUUUGAUAUAAUUCUUGAUAAGGAAUUAGUAGAAAUAGAUGAAUAARGGAAUCACAGUCAACCAAUGCUGUGUUAAACCAUUUUAGAAAAUCAUUUUUAACRAAAGGCAAAUAUGAUGCUUAUCAUUGUUUUUGAAGAAGAAAAAGUUUUUUGAAUUUUAUUUUCUGAGUUAAAGGCAUUUGAAAAUUGAAAAUGCUAAUGAUGUGACGUCAAGGGAGGCUUGAAUAUACGAACUUUAAAGAAGUCGCUUAAAAAUGGUUUCAUGGGAUUUCAUGGGAUUAAAUUUAUUGUAGGCAAUGUAGGGAAUAAUUAUAUUCCCAGUUGGCGUUCAUGAAAACACUUUUGAGCUACGACUCUUUCAAAGCUGAAUCCUCCCUUGACGUCACAUCAUUAGCAUUUUCAAUUUUCAAAUGUCUUUAACUCAGAAAAUAUAAUUCAAAAAAACUUUUUCUUCAAAACAAUGAUUAGCAUCAUAUUUGCCUUUUGUUAAAAAUGAUUUUCUAAAUUGGUUCAUAUGCACUUAAAAAAAAACGACUGUUAUAAGAUGGUAGAGCAUCUCUUUCAUUCUGGGAGGCACUUACUAGUACUUUUAUAUCUAUGACAGUGAGCGUCCGUCAGUUUACUGAAUGUUAUUCCCGGGGGGUACUCCCUAAUAUCAAAGGGCGGGGGUCCUCGGCGUCCCUUAUAGGGUUUGACAUCAGUAUUUUGGUCCCGCUUAGGG